GAGUAGGAUCUUGGCUUCACGUCACCCCACCGAAGACCGUUUCUAAUCUCUCUUACUUUCUCUCUCUAGAUCCAACGGCUCUAAUCAAAUCCAGCUCCCUCCUUCCACUUCUUUCUCACUCUUUCAUCUUCCUCCGAUCUCUGAUCACCUCAUCAAAACGCUGCGUUUUGGCAUCCGGUGAAACCCCGCCGCCGUCUCUCCAUGGGUUAACUUAACUUAACCUAACCGCCGCCAGCAAACCAACGAACCAACGAACCACCACCCAACUGUCCAGUCCAAACGGCGUCGUUUCGGCUUCCGACGAUGAAGUCCACCACCGUGGACCGCCACAUCGGUCUGCUCAACCUCGCCAAAACCCUCUCCUUCCUCGUAGUCUUCGUCGCCGGCGUGGUCGUCGGCAUGACCGCCAGCUCUCAGAUCAACCGCUACUUCGUCUCACAAGCCAAACUUUACUUCUACAGCAACAUGAACAAUCACUUCUCGGCUAUGCAGAUUCCGAACCCUGCAUUGAGGAAUUGCAGUUCUGAGGCGAAUUUGACUCAUGGGUUCUCCGAUAACGAGCUGUUUUGGAGGGCUUCGAUGGUGCCCAGGAGGGCUGAGUACCCCUUCAAGAGAGUGCCCAAAGUGGCCUUCAUGUUCUUGACCCGCGGCCCUUUGCCGCUGAUGCCGCUGUGGGAGAGGUUUUUCGAGGGCCAUCGCAAGUAUUUUUCGGUUUAUGUUCAUGCUCUGCCUGGUUUCGAGCUCAACGUGUCGAUGCACUCCGCCUUUUACAAAAGGCAGAUUCCCAGUAAGAGUGUUGAAUGGGGAACGGUAGCACUAGCAGAAGCAGAAAGGCGCCUUCUAGCCAAUGCCCUGCUCGACUUUUCAAACGAGCGUUUUGUUCUCCUAUCAGAGAGCUGCAUCCCCAUCUACAACUUCCCAAUAGUUUAUAAAUACCUGAUCAAUUCUGACUACAGUUUUGUUGAGUCCUACGAUGACCCCUCCCGCUAUGGGCGUGGUCGCUACAGCCGCAACAUGCUGCCCAACAUCAAGCUCUAUCAAUGGCGGAAAGGGUCUCAAUGGUUUGAACUCAGCCGUGAGCUGGCCGUUAACAUAGUUGCAGACACCAAGUACUACACACUCUUCAAGAAAUACUGUAAGCCCUCCUGCUACCCAGAUGAGCAUUACAUCCAAACCUUUCUGAACAUGUUCUAUGGUUCACUAAACGCGAACCGAAGCGUCACUUGGGUUGACUGGUCAAUGGGGGGGCCGCACCCAGCAACCCUGGGGGCAGCUAACAUUACAGAAGGCUUUAUACAGGCAUUAAGGAAUAAUGGAACAGUGUGUCCAUACAAUUCAGAAAAAACAUCUGUCUGUUACCUCUUUGCUAGGAAGUUUGCCCCGAGCGCACUGGAGCCCUUACUCAACCUCACCUCAAAAGUAAUGGGAUUUAAAAAUUUUUGAUUUGGAAGAGGAGAUAUAUAUUUUUCUUUUCAUUUUUCACAGAUACAUAGGAUUUUGACACAGCUUCUCUAAUACUCCCCUAGUUCUUUAGUGUUGGUUAAUGAUUUUUGUUCACCAAGAAUUGUACAGGUAGUUUUCAUAGAGACCUGCAAUUGAAACCAGCAAAUUCUUUGAGAAAUGUCAAUAUGAGAAUUCCAUAGCAA